UCUAAAAUGAUUCAUGCAAGUCGCCACAGAAAAUCACACAAUAACUCGUACGCUAAACUCCCAUUAAUGUUGUGUGCUGCUUCAUAGUCAGGAUGGCUUUAAUUUAUUUUUAUAUUGUUGUUCUUUUCACCUAUGCAGAGUCACUAAAAGACAUCCUGGAAGUUCAGAACUUGCAAGUAAAGUUAACCCAGGAUGAUCCAAAUUUAAGCCCAGAUAGUGACUGCACCAUAUACAGAGACAAUUUAGCAUCUGCUGUGUCAACAUUUACUUCUUGUGCAAUUGUGAAUUCCAGGCCUAUUACACUUUGUGAAUCUUGUGUAGAUGCAUACAUUAAUGUUUUAGAUUCAUAUAAAAAUUUAUCUACAUCCAAAACAAGUGUUGGUUAUUGUAUAGAUGAUUAUGUAAACCUUGAUAGAUUGCAAAUUGUUGAGGGUUUGUACAGAAAUAGUUAUGAUUUAUGGCAUAAAGCAAAGUGCUAUGAAUGUUUUGAAAUUGUAAAUAAUACAUUAACCAAUAAUAUAUCUGAGGAGACAUUAAUGUUCAACAUUUUAUUAAAUGGCACCCUUAGUUGCAUCAAUGACCAUAAUGAAACAACCAAUAAUCAGACAUUCUUUUGUUCAGAGUGCAUAUCUGAAUAUUUGGGACUUAACAGUUAUUACAAGAGUAUAAGUGAUGUUAAUGACAAAAUAGGCGUUUGUAUGGAUAUUGUUGACUUGAUGAAUGGAACAAGGGCAUUGUGGAGUGAUAAAUGUUGUGAAUACCGUAAAAGACCCGAAUUUAUUUUUCUCGGUUCAACGUGCGCAGUUACAUUGGUGACAAUUUUGUUUUAUAUUAUGACGAAAUAUUGCACGGACUUGAAAAGUCCAAGCGUUUUGCGACAAACCCGGCUCGCAGGGUCGUUACAAGUAUACGAGCCCAACAGUCAUCAACAUUAACAACACAGUAUGGUAUUAAUUUUACCUAAAAUCCCAAAUAAUUUAAGUAUAAUUCAAGUUGGUAUAUAAUACUAAAAUUAUUUAGUCAAAUAGCAGAAUAAAUAAUAAUUCUUAAGAGAA